CAAGCCUGCUGGCUUUCCCGCUUUCGACGUUGUCUAGAUGAAUCAAGUUAACCUACGAAGGCUGCAACGGCAGCCUGUCACUCGCACCCACGCGCCGCUGCGGCGCACUGUUCUAGCCUCACAGGCAAACCGCUCCCGCCGAACGCAAGCUAUGAAGCUAGAGCCGUUAGAGAGCAAUGAGCACAGCAUUCGGUUCAAGGUCUUACAGGACGUCCAGCUACUGCCUGUGGUCGAACACAUCUUGUCAAAUGCUGGCGCAGAUAAGCCCGAAGAUGACCCAACCGCGAACCGAACUCGCGCUCUGGAGCUCCUCCAGCUCGGCGCCGUGUACGUGGGGUUCCCGCAGAAGGGGCUCGACCACAUCAACUGGGUGCGGUCCACCGACCUGCCCGUGGCUGUGACCGCGGCUUCCGUACCGGUCGGCAACUACGUGCGGGUGCACCCCCGGCCCAAGCGCUACCCCGCCUGUUACUGCAAAGACUGGCCCUCCCGGGUGCUCCACUGCGACGAGGACUACCUGCUUAUCAACAAGCCCGCCGGGCUGCCCUGCAUGCGGCACGAGAGCAACGCGGCGGAGGAGCUGGCGGCUUGCGUGGGGCGGGCGCUGGGGCUGGCGGGGCUGGAGGUGUGCCACCGCCUGGACCAGUGGACCACGGGCCUGGUGGUCCUCUCGCGCCACAAGGCCGCCAACACCGCCUUCAAGCGCGCCCUGCAGGACCGCGAACCCGGCCUCACCAAGACCUACAAGGCCCUGUCGUAUUGCGCCCCCCCGCCCGGCCCCCUGCAGCAUCACAUGUACGACGGCCCCUUCAACGAGGCGGCAACCGUGCUGGGUCCGGGGGGCAACCUGCCGCCGCGGGGGCCCCGGCUGCUGAGCGCCUGCGCGCACGAGCGGUGGCGGCUGUGUCGGCUGGUGGUGCGGGAGUGCAGGGAGCACCCGGGAGCCCUGUCCUGGUACCACCGGACAUUCAACACGCAGCGGCGGCAGGGCGAGGAGCAGGAGGGGCAGCAGGCAGCAGGGCAGCGGCAGGAGGUGGGGCAGCAGGAGCAGGAGCAGCAGGCGCGGGGGCUGCUACAACAGGAGCCGCAACAGGGACAACAACAACAAGACGACGCGCAGCAGCAACAACACCAACAGCUGCACCAACACCUACGUGCACUGUCACUCUCAUCACCUCCUCCUCCUCCUCUUCACCCGGAACUGCCGCCGCAGCUGCCACACCACUCCAGCACACCCCAGCACCACCCGCAACACCCGUCAGCUCCCCUCCCCUCCCCUCCAACCCCCGCUGCCGCCCGCACGCCCCUCCCUCCCUCUUCCCCCACCUCCACCUCCACCCCACCCGCUCCUCCUCCCUCCUCCCCGCCCACCACCCUCUUCGAGAGCACCAUCGAGCUCAUGACGGGUCGGACCCACCAGAUCCGAGCCCAACUGUCGGCAGUGGGGAGUCCGCUGGUGGGGGACUACAUGUAC